GCAGAAGGUUAGCAUACUAUUUCUUUAGGAUCCUCAGAAUCCUCUAUUCUGUAAAACAAAACAAAGCAAAACACCCCAGAAACUACUAAAAAAAAUCUGCCCAGCUGAUUUUUUUUUUUUUUUAAGGCGGGUAGGAAAGAAGGCAUUUGUGCCUUUUAUCUGAGGAUUUCCUUCCGCGUAAACUUGUAUGAUCGAUCUGGAGUGCGACUUCGUGGGUUCAAAUUCUGACUCCACUUCUUACUAGCUAGCAGGAGGGAGGGUGGGAGGGUAGAAAACCGCCCCACUUUGCCCAUGCAAGCAUUUCAAUCAUUUACUUGGAAAGAGAAAUCAUUUAAGAUUAUAUCGUUUGAUUGUAAAUGUAUUACUAUAGUGCGUGUGAUCUUGGGUAAGUCAUAUAAUCUCUCUGAACCCGUUUCCUCAACUGUAAACCGGGAAACAAUAGAGAUUCGCAGCGCCGGUAAAGCUCAAAAAGCACAGGGCUGUCACGUGGUAAACGCCCAACUUCUUUACUUACACUUGAUAACCCCGGAGGCUCGGAAGUACACUUCCUACCUGGGUAACUACUAUACAACCCACCCUUUCUCCGGGCUCGUCCUUUCCCCAACCUUGGAGAAAAGACCAUUUCUCUCUCGGGUCUUUAAAAUACUUUGUACUAGCCGACUGGAAAGGGCGCCGCGGCCGGGGAAGCUACCGCGGCCCCAAGCGCCUUGGGCUUCCCCUUUGACAAGAGAGUCCCCACUCCGAGAGCAACGCGAGCCCAGAUCCGGCCUUCGGGUGGCGGCCCGGGCGGGCGCGGCUGUGCGUGCGCCGCGGAGGGUGGUGGCGGUCCGCGCCCCGCCCUCGGCCGCCGCCCCCGCCGCUGCCUCGGCGUGUCAGGUGCCGUGAGAAGCGCCGAGGGACAUCAGUGGAGCCGACUUUCCAGAAGCGGCGCACGCAAGGCACAGCUCCGCACGCAAGGGGGAGGCGACAGCAGAAGAGAUUUUUCAACCCAAUAAAGUUCGCAGGCGCGCGGAGAUUGGCCUCCUCCUCUUCUACCCCCCACCCCCCGCCUCCUCCCUCCAGGAAUCUUCAGAGUGCCCUCCCUCCCCUCCUCUCUCCAGUGUUCGUCCCAGCUUGGCUCCCCCGCCGGGCGCCAGGGCCUCCGACGCGGCCAGCGUUGCCCCGCGCUCUCCAGUGGGCGGCGCCACCUGGAGGAGUUUCUACGAGGGAAACCUUGGGGCCAGCUGCGGUGCGCCAGCGCUAGCUGGCCUUUGUGUGCCAAGGACACUCUGGGCCCCGGGGCGGGGGAGCGGCGUCCUUCAGGGAUUCUCGAUCUCGCCGUGGUCAUGUCAAAACUGACAUGACCGGCCGAUUUGCUUGCGAGAACGUUAAAAUAAAAAUAAAACAAUUCGGGAUGCAGUAAGGCAAACCGCUACCACAACCGAACUUGCUUUUCCAAACUGACAGGUUUCCUUUCCCCGUUCUGGCGCCCAAGCAUCUCGAGCGGUUUUCUCUCGGGGAAGGACGCUCAAGCCACCGAGAGGGAAGGGAGGUCGUACCCUCGGGGCGUGGAGGCGCUCCCACCGAGAGCGCAGGGAGGUGCUCAGGCACCGGGGAAACUGUGCGGCCUCGAUCUGGGGUGACUGCGAGGAAGAGUGGUUUUUGGGCAAACGAAAAGUUCACACCGGUGCUUCCAGGAAAGCCGCCAGCUACUGCGCCAAGGCCGUCGGGGCGCUCCGGGGCCGCCUCGCGUGACUACCCGCGCGCGCGGCGACCCAAGCUGUAGUCCGAGAGGCUUGGACUGUCCCGGCGCGCCCCGCCCCCCGCAAGCCCCGCCCCCGUCAGGUCCCGCUGCCUCCUCCCCAACACAGACCUUAAAAAAGAGAGAAGCGGGAUGGCGCGUUUUGACUCUCCCUAGUGACUGUGCAAACGGGCCACGCCUGUGCGACGCCAGCUGUCAGAGUCGUGCGGGGGGCGUGGGGGCUGGGAAUUGACUCUGUUCAUCGACCGCAGUCUCAAUCCCCACGCCCUGAGAAAACCCUGACUUUGCCGAGGCCCAGGUGCAGCGGGGCUCUGCAAAGAAGACACCUUUCUCCGCCCCCAUCCCAAUCCAAGCGCCUCUGGCUCUGACGACGCCUAGAGACUCCAGAGUGGGCGCUGAAGUUCCCAGACCUGGCAACAGGUGUCUAGGGCGGGCCUCCGACUUCCUGGAGACACUUAGGUUGCGGUCUUGAAUCCCACAAAGGCCCCAAUCCGUCCUCGGAGCCGGCCGUCUGGCGCUGCUGGAAACCGCGCCGCCUUGCAGCAUGGCCACCAGCCUCAGCCCGGACGAUCAUCUGCCGCCUAUCCCUCUGUCGGCCCAGCAGACCAUGCUCCUGUUGCUGCUCUCGGUACUGGCCGCGGUGCACGUGGGCCAGUGGCUGUUGAGGCAGCGGCGGCGGCAGCCGGGGUCCGCGCCCCCGGGUCCCUUCGCUUGGCCGCUGAUCGGAAAUGCGGCGUCAAUGGGCCCGGCGCCUCACGUCUCGUUCGCACGCCUGGCGCGGCGCUACGGCGACGUCUUCCAGAUCCGCCUGGGCAGCUGCCCGGUGGUGGUGCUGAACGGCGAGCGCGCCAUCCGCCAGGCCCUGGUGCAGCAGGGCGCCGCGUUCGCCGACCGGCCGCCCUUCGCCUCUUUCCGCGUGGUGUCUGGUGGCCGCAGCCUGGCUUUCGGCCAGUAUUCGGAGAGCUGGAAGGCGCAGCGGCGCGCGGCGUACAGCACGAUGCGAGCCUUCUCCACGCGCCAGCCGCGCGGCCGCCGGGUGCUAGAGGGCCACGUGCUGGGCGAGGCGCGGGAGUUGGUGGAGCUGCUGGUGCGCGGCAGCGCGGGCGGCGCCUUUCUCGACCCGCGGCCGCUGACCGUGGUGGCCGUGGCCAACGUCAUGAGCGCCGUGUGCUUCGGCUGCCGCUACAGCCACGACGACGCCGAGUUCCGAGAGCUGCUCAGCCACAACGAGGAGUUCGGGCGCACGGUGGGCGCGGGCAGCCUGGUGGACGUGCUGCCCUGGCUGCAGCGCUUCCCCAACCCUGUGCGCACUGCCUUCCGUGAAUUCGAGACGCUCAAUCGCAACUUCAGCAGCUUCGUCCUAGACAAGUUCCUGAGGCACCGUGAAAGCCUUCGGCCCGGGGCCGCUCCCCGCGACAUGAUGGACGCCUUCAUGCUCUCGGCAGGAAAGGAAGCUGCCGCGGGCUCUGGCGACGCGCGGCUGGACGAAGAGUACGUGCCGGCCACCGUCACAGACAUCUUCGGCGCCAGCCAGGAUACUCUCUCCACCGCGCUGCAGUGGCUGCUCGUCUUCUUCACCAGGUAUCCGGAAGUGCAGGCUCGGGUACAGGCAGAACUGGAUCAAGUGGUGGGUAGGGACCGGCUGCCCUGCCUGGACGACCAACCGCACCUGCCCUACGUCAUGGCCUUCCUUUAUGAAGCCAUGCGCUUCUCCAGCUUUGUGCCCGUCACCAUUCCUCACGCCACCACGGCCAAUGCUUCUGUCUUGGGCUACCACAUCCCCAAGGACACAGUGGUUUUUGUUAACCAGUGGUCCGUGAAUCAUGACCCAGUGAAAUGGUCUAACCCAGAAGACUUUGAUCCAGCCCGAUUCUUGGACAAGGAUGGCUUCAUCAAUAAAGACCUGGCCAGCAGUGUGAUGAUUUUUUCAGUGGGCAAACGGCGGUGCAUCGGGGAAGAGAUUUCCAAGACGCAGCUGUUUCUCUUCAUCUCCAUCCUAGCUCAUGAGUGCAAUUUCAGGGCCAAUCCAGACGAGCCUUCGAAAAUGGAUUUUAAUUACGGCCUGACCAUUAAACCCAAGUCAUUUAAAAUCAAUGUCACUCUCAGAGAGUCCAUGGAGCUCCUUGAUAGUGCUGUCCAGAAGUUACAAGCUGAGGAAGACUGCCAGUGAGAAGCCAGAGGCAAGCAGAAAUUUUAUAAGUACACAAGUCUUGGGGGAUGGAGAGUAAAAUUAAGGUUUGCUUUUCUUUUUCCUAGCUCCUCUGUGCCACUUUCUCAAUUAGCCUCUAAAAUGAGCAUAAACCAACCGACCCGCAGAUGAUGUGCUUUGUACACAUGUCCUCAGAAUGGCAUCUCAUGAGCAGUGGGCUGUGUAGGAGCUCCAGGAGCUAUUUUGAGUCAAAGAAUUAAAGGACCCAAAGAAUUUUUAUACAUAUAUUGAAUGUUGGUAAUCAUAAUUUCUUGAGGGAGCAUUCUUUGGAGUUAAAACACACAUGUGCGUGUAUACAGAACUACCUAAUAAAGAGGCCUAUUAGUAACCAUGCCUUGUCGGGUGGGAUCCAAGAUGGAUGUGCUGAAGUCUGCUCCAUCGAAAACCAUAUUAAGCAAAGUUUCAGGAAAUACUGUUGAAUAUGCAAAGGCAAAUAAUUUCAGUGUAAGACAUGUGAUUUGGGGUGAUAAGGGAAAAAGUAAAGACCAGAAAUUCCCUUCUCACCUUUCCAAUAAAAUAGCUUGGUUAGGCUCUAAUAUCUAUGGAUGGAUUUAUCUUUUUGCCAACUGAUGGGCUUCCUGUUACUUUUCUGGAUGAGUCAUAAAGUUAUUUCCUUGGAAAGAAAUUAAUAGCAGUUGAUUUAGUGGGUUUCAGUGAUUUCAUGAAUUUUAAAGUGUAAAUUGUAAAAAAUUCCAAGCUGAAGUCAUACUGCUCUUGGUUGCCAAAGUACAGAAUUUCAAUCAUGAGAAAAAAAAGUUACCAGCUUAGCUAAGCUUUAAGUUGUGUGAUUGUAAUGUACUGACUUCAGUAAAUCUCAUAGGUUAAAAAGUCACCAAGUAGUGUUCAAUAUAGGUACAUAUAUUACAUAAUUAUUCAGAAGCAAUAUGUAUUAGUUAUUUUAUUAUUAAACAGUAUUAAUUAUUUUGGUCAAGAAAGGGUUGAAAAGUAUCUUUUAUAAUGUCACAGCAAAUAGAAAAGUACAACUAAUUUAACCAGUUUUGGUCCAAAUACAUGGUAUGAACUUGAUUAAAUCAACUGUUUUUGACAUCAUGGAAAGCAAGUUGAAACAAAGUCUCUUCUCUCAUCCAAAAUUUGAAUGAAAAAUCUCAAAAUUAGAUCUGCAAGAUGUGUUCCUUAUCACUUUACAACAUGCUUAUUAAAAUUAUAUUCACAAUACAGAAUCUUUUUUGAAAUUGAUCUAGUUAAUAGGUUUUAAUUCCAAACUCUUGACGUGCUUAAAUUUUAAUUUUAUUUUAAAGCCAUUCUGAUUAUUGAGUUCUAGGAAGUUACUGGAAAUCUGACCAUUAGCCUGUGAAAGGCAGAGAGAUCGAAGCUGUGUCUGCCUGGGGAAUAACGAAAAAAUGCAAUGAAUUAUCUGCAUGUUCUUUAUUAAAUAACAAGGGGGGAAUUCCCAUUAUAAUGGACCUAGUUUCUCUUUUAAAUGAUUUUCAAAAAAUAGCAUUGGUGUUUGUGUUUUGGAAAGUCAGAAUCAGUUUUGGGAGAUUGUUUGGAGGAUUGCAUUGCAUUUCAGUGGAGCCAGUCAGAUCAGUUGUACUAUUUAAGAUGGCCAACCCAGCGAGCAGUCACUUUGGUAACUGUGAAAACAUAAAGCUUGAACAAAAUCUGUAUGUUCAGUUUAUGUAAAUAACCUGAAAACCUUUUUAAAAAAGUGAUGGAAGAUUAACAAUGUACAAAGUGAAGUUUGGAGUUUUAAGUCUUUUGCUCGCAAACGUCCAAAAGAAGUUGUGCAGUGUCCUAAAAGCUUACUGCUUGUUACAUUUCAUUAAGCUUUUAGGAAACUUUUUAUCAAAAUUAUAAAGGGAGGAGUGUAUGAUGGUUGUGGGGUCUGGUAAGAGAAAGGAGUGGAAAAUAAAAAGAAAAGGAAGAAAGAUGGUUAGACAUUCUCCUACUCCUUCAAAAUUAAUUAGUCUGAAGUAUGAAUAUUUAGAAGAAAGAUGUUCCACGUGCCAGUGUUGAAUCCCAAGUAGAUUUUAAAAAAUCUACAACAUAGCAACUCUAUUUUAUAAUUUGGAAUUUUUAUUAAUAAAAAUUUGAUAUAAUUUUAAUUAAUAAAAUCUCACAGCUGUACCUCUUGAAUAUGAAAACACUGUGCCAGUAUUUUUAAAGGCACUAAAGUCAACUGUGGAAAUCAGGCUUACCCAAUACAUUUCAAUUUGGGGGGUACUGGCUAUUUCAAAACAUUGUUACCCACCCUUCCCUGCACCCCACCCCCUGCAGGGCUGAGACAGUAAUUUGGCGUUGCCCUAGCCUGCUUACUGUGAGAGAUGGUGUGGCAGCAAAAGUAAUCAUGUACCAAUCUGGAUGCCUGCUUAAGUCAACCGGGUCCAGACGUGCUGUAGCCGGUUUUUAGGUCCGUAGGCUUGGUUCAUCUGGCACUUUCGGCAGUGGGCUGAGGUAGAAGAAAGUAAGGUGGGAGAUUUCCUGGUUUAUUUAAUAUGUUUGUAACCCAGUUAAAGGAAGGAAAGCAAAACCAAAAACAAACAAAUAAAAAUAACCAAAUUCGGGGGCUACGGUAAUCAGGUUGCUAGCUUGAUCAGAAAAUCUAAUAUUAUUUCUGCCAGAGAAAGAAUGUACUUGCUGGUCACCAUUUUACUCAGAACAUCUAAUCCAGGUUAUUACAAUAGUUAAAGUAUAUUGUUUAUUAAAUGCUUCAUUUAUAUAUUAAAGCUUUGACUUUGUAAGGAAACUGCUUUUUUUCCAAAACAAGAGGAAGAUGUCUCAGGUUUGUUUUGUGGAUUAUCUAAAAGCUUUCAUGUCUCAGAACUUAGCCUUUACCUGUGAAAUGCUAUUAUGGCCUUAAUAUUUUCAUAUCACAUCUAUAUUAGAUCAAAUAGUUGCACAGCAUUAUGUAUUAAUUUGUAUGUUUUUUAGCUAUGACACAACUUUGUAAUACAAAGGUAUACUUUAGUAGAUGUUUAUAAUUCAAGGAUAGCUUCUUAUUUAACCUUUUCUUGUUUUUGUAUUUUAUCAUGUAUGCUUUCCAUCUGUACAUAGCAACUGUAAUACAUAGUUGUAACCGAAAUAGAUUUGGGGGACACAGCAUUCAUUUGUGGCUUUUACUGUUUGAUAUGCCAAAUUUAAAAAAUUCUACACCUGUAAUUACCUGUAAUAGGACACCAUUACCAAAAUAAUAAAAAUCACUUUCAUAAU